UUAGGCAAUAAUUUGUCAAAUUAAUAAGAAUUUGGCGUAAACUUGAUUUCGAGCUCCAUGUUUUCCGAACACGUGAGACCCUAUUAGUCGACUUCUCUUCUCGGUGACCUUGUCCUAUCGCUAAGAUUGCAGUGUAUCUUUAGGGUUAAACAAAAAAUAUGGCUCCACCAAGUUACUCAGAUCUUGGCAAAACUGCCAGAGACAUCUUCUCAAAGGGUUACAACUAUGGUUUCUGUAAGAUCGAAUGUAAAACAAAAACAGAUAGUGGAGUACAGUUUACAACCAGUGGUAACUCGAGUACGGAUACAGGCAAAGUUGGUGGAAACUUAGAGGCCAAAUACAAAUGGGAUGAGUAUGGACUUACAUUCACAGAAAAAUGGAACACAGACAAUGUUUUAUGCACAGAGAUUAAAAUUGAGGAUCAACUUGCAAAGGGUCUUCAGCUCGCAUUUGAUACAUCUUUUGCACCCCAAACAGGUAAAAAGAGUGGUAAAAUAAAGAGUGCUUUUAAGAAUGAUAAUGUAAAUAUUAACUGUGAUGUAGAUUUUGAUUUUGCUGGACCAACCAUACAUGGUGCAGCUGUAUUAGGUUAUACAGGAUGGUUAGCUGGUUACCAAAUGUCUUUUGAUACUUCAAAAUCCAAAUUAACAAAGAGUAACUUUGCCGUAGGUUAUACGUCAGGAGACUUCACUCUUCACACAAAUAUUAAUGAUGGUCAAGAAUUUGGAAGUUCCAUUUAUCAGCGAGUAAGCAGAGAUUUAGAAACUUCUGUAAAUCUAUCCUGGACUUCUGGAACAAAUGCCACACGAUUUGCCCUGGGUGCUAAAUACACAUUGGAUAGAGACGCAUCUGUACAUGCUAAAGUCAACAACUCGAGUCAGAUUGGUUUAGGUUAUUCACAAAAAGUACGAGAUGGUAUUAAACUAACUUUGUCAACUUUAAUAGAAGGCAAAAACAUUAAUGCUGGAGGCCAUAAAGUAGGUCUUGGAAUAGACUUUGAAGCCUAAUAGUUUAUUGGAUACUAGAAAAAGAGUUGAUUAUGUAAUAUAUAUAGUGAUGGAAAUUCAAGAUACAUUUAUUCUUAAAUUGUGAAAGAAUUGUUUUUUUGCAGUAUUCUGUGUCUUUAGAACUGGUUGACAAUCUUGUAAUCAAUGGAUCAAUUCUGGUGUUAUUUUAGAAUUCUUGGAAAUGGUUUUUAAUUGAACUCAAAUAUUCUUUCUCAAUCUCCAAAUAUACACUUGGAAGAUCCAUUGUGAGUUUAGUAUCAAGAUAUUUGGUUUUAUUUUGCAUUAGUCGCAUGCAAUGUGAUAAUUCAAGUUGUCCAUACUGUUAUAAAAUUGAUCAAUGAGUUUGUUUUGUUCACUGACAAAACAUUGUAUAAAUAAAUAAUCUAAGUAAACAAUU